GUAAAUCUAGCAGAAGAAGAUGCUGACGUAGACAUAGUAAUGAAAUGAAUUACAUUGAAAAAAAGCAUAUCAGAACCGGUUGCUGCAGUUGGCAAUGACGUAGAUCUUUUCAUUCUACUAAUUGCUUCAACACCAGAUCACAGCAAUAUGUUUCUCUUUGAAAUUGUUCCAGGAUCUAAGGGUAAUACUUUGUAUUCAAAAUCUCAGCAUCGCGAAUUCAAACCUUUCAUUCUGUUUGCACACGCAUUUGCUGGAUGUAAUUCAACUAGUGCCAUGUACAAUCACGGAAAAAAAAAGAUAAUACUUUUACUACAGAGGAAUCCUGACCUGCAAGAAUCAGUGCAGAUUUUCUACGAGGAAAAUAAAAUUAUUGAGGAGCUUUAUCCUAUUGCGGAAAAAUUAGUGAGCUAUCUCUACAAUACGAGUGGAGAAAAUUUAAACGUCAACGACCUGAGAUAUAAAAUCUUUACAACACCUGUUUUAGGAACCAGGAAGAUUUCAACCCUAGCAAUGCUUCCACCAACGGAGUCAGCCUUGAUGCAACAUACUAGCCGAGUUUAUUAUCAAAUUCAAAUUUGGCUAGGACGAAGGAAUUUGAAACUGGAAGAUUGGGGAUGGCAUAGAUCAAAUUUCAUGCUGCUUCCAAAAAUGAUGAGCAAGGCAAUAGCGCCACAGGAAUUGUUGAAAAACGUUUUCUGCAGUUGUAAUGGAAAAUGCGAUACUGCUCGUUGCAGUUGCAAAAAAGCAGGACUGAAGUGUACAAGGUUCUGCAAAGUUUGUAACGGUAUAAGUUGUGAAAAUUUUUCAAACUUUAUAAACAGAGCAGAAAUAAACUCGGACGUAGAUGAGGACGACGGCGAUGAAGAUGAUCUUGAAGCAGAUAAUACCAUAGAAGAAGAAGAUUGAUGCAUUAACGUUAAUAAUUAAUGAAUAAUGUAUUACUGAGUUUUUCUUUCAUAUUAUUCACUGCAUGAAUUUCCAUUGAAUGUUUUG